AUGGGAACAGCAGGAGGUGAUGGACGGCAACUUCCCUGGACAUCCCCAAAUCGGCAACUAGAUGGGAACGGCGGGAGGGAUGGACAGCCACUCCCCUGGACAUCCCAUGAUCAGAGACAUGCACGUGAUCUAUGCAAUUUUCAAGGCGCGAGGCUGCUCUGCGCGCUGGGCCUGGUGCUGCUCUGCGUGGCCGCCAACUUCCAAGGCGCGCACUGCUUCGGCGGCGGCGGAGGCCGUGUAGGUGGCGGCAGAGGCCACUACGGCGGCGGGGGAGGCGGUGGCGGGAUGAGCAGCGGAGGCGGGGGAGCCCGUCCGUUCGUCUCACGGGGCGGGCUCGGGCGCGGUCGCCGAUGCUGGGUGCGGGGCGCGAUCGCCGGCAGGGCUGGGUCGGGUCCGUACAGCGCCGCUGGCGAACCGCGUGGCCGUGGCGUCUCGGGGGUAGCCGGUGCCGCCGUCUUCCUUGCGGCAGCGAUCGUUCGGCGGCUCUGA